GUCCCACUUCCAUCCUACGCUGUGGCCCUGCCUUCAUGUGGAGAGACAACAACAGGACCGAAGCUGAUAAUGGACCUUUCCACAGCCAAUGAGGGUCGUACUUUGAGUAAACAGCCUGCUUCAUCUGGGACUUUGGCUGCUGGUGCAAAGACGAACAAAGAAAAGAUAACUCCUUUCCACCGAUCUCCUUUAUCUAAAAAUGACCAUGUUGGAGGUCCCGUGCUGGGGAAAUUCCUGGGAUCUCCUCGAACUAUUUUCCCAGACAAAUCUCUAGGACAGACACAGAGACCGGGGCCGGUGUCUAGCUCUGCACCGCCCGCGACGGUUACCAAGUCUUCGAUAAAGAAAGCCACAAGGCCAGUUAUUGUGAAGACUUCAAAGCCUGCUCCUCCUGCCCCUGUAAAAGUGAAUCCACCAAACAAGAAAAGCAAAGCUAAAGGAGCCAUGGCCACCUCCACCAAACCACAAACAGCUGUGAAGAAAAGGAAAAGAAAACUUGGUCAAUAUAACUUGGUGCCCAAAAAGAAAGUGAAGGGCAGCAAAUCCCAAGACAAGAAAGAGGAGCCUGUUCAGGUCUCGGAGAAGGUACAGGAAGCAGUAGAUUUGAGGCCGUUGCCCCAGGUGCCCCUUGUGGUCCCAGUUUUCCCUGACAGUGUCUCAGUGCUGGAGACUGACACUGGAGAGUACACGGAGGUAGACCUGGACUGUCUGGACCUUAAAGCCCAGGAAGCUCUGCUCUCUCCCCAGACAGGUUUUGCAGCAGAGGGUCCAGUGACUGAAUCUGACCUAGCAGAAGAGUUACCGUUAUGCUGCUGUCGAAUGGAGACGCCGUACAAUGGAGGAAGUCUGUCUGCCCAGGAUCAGACCUGCAUGGCCAUGGAGAGCUAUGAUGGCAUGCUGAGUCGUUGUCAGAGGCGAGUGGUAAAGCAGGAGAUGAUGCGUCCGUCCAACACAGUGCAUCUGUUGGUCCUGUGUGAAGACCACCGAGCCGGGAUGGUCAAACAUCAGUGCUGCCCGGGCUGCGGGCUCUUCUGUAGAGCGGGCACGUUUAUGGAAUGCAGGCCAUAUGGAAACAUCUCUCACCGCUUCCACCGUGACUGUGCCUCCAUUCUGAAGGACCAUCGAUUCUGCCCUCACUGUGGCGAGGAAGCCACCGGAGCCAAAGAAGUGACUGUCCCUAAACCAGAGCCCUCUCCUUCUGUGCCCAAAUCCAGCCCCGGACCCUCCCUGCCCACCGUGGCCACCCUGCCCUCCGUCUCUACCACUCCUGCCGUCCCCCAAACUCUCAGGGCUAAGAAGAGCUUCCAGCCCCCGAGGAAUGGAGCAGAGAGUCCAAACAGGUCAAAGGGUGAAGCUGACAGACCAAAAGAGUCACUGGAGACCAUCUUGUCAGUGCUGGAAGAUGAGAACUUGAAACCCAAAAAAGUGAAGUACCCUGCCCGGCAACUGUACAUCUCUGCCAAACAGGGGGAUCUUCAGAAAGUCAUCCAUCUCUUAGUUGAAGGAAAGGACCCGAACUACGUGGAUGGUCAAAGCAAACGGACGGCCCUCCACGCUGCAGCUGCCGCAGGGCACCAGGAGAUCUGUCACAUGCUUGUUCAAGCUGGUGCCAACCUUGAGACUUUUGAUGAGGAUCAGCGGACUCCUUUGAUGGUGGCAUGUGAGAACAACCAUCUGGACACAGUGAAGUAUCUCCUUAGGGCUGGAGCAUCCGUCUGCCAUAAGGAUAUAAUGGGUUUCACCUGUCUGCACCUGGCAGCUAAACUGGGACUUCACGACAUGAUUCAGUAUCUCCUCUCUAGAGCAUCCAAAUACAUCAACUGUCAGGAUGAUGGGGGCUGGACUCCUAUCACAUGGGCGAUCGAGUACAAACACAAAGAGAUCGUGAACCUGCUGCUGUCCAGAGGCUCUGAUGUUAACAUCAGAGACAAGGAGGAGAACGUGUGCCUGCACUGGGCGGCUCUGUCCGGCUGUGAUGACAUCGCCCAAGCUCUGCUGGACGCUCGCUGUGACCUCACGGCUGUGAAUAUCCACGGAGACCUGCCUCUGCACAUCGCCGCUCGAGAAAACCACCUGGACUGCGUCAUGCUGUUUCUGUCUCGAGGUUCAGACGUGAAUCAAAGGAACAAAGAGGGAGGCACGCCUCUGGACUGCUGCCCCUUCGGCUCAAAAGUCUGGACAGCCCUCAACACCAACAAGAAACUGACAGACGCUCGGAGGGGACGGGACUGUCAGGGAGAGAGAGUGCUCAGCAGGGAUAUUUCUCGAGGUUACGAAGCUUCUCCCAUCAGUUGUGUGAAUGGUGUGGACAGUGAACCAUGUCCUGAUAACUUUAAAUACAUCCCAGAGAGCUGCAUCACCUCUCCCCUCAACAUAGACAAGGACAUCACACAUUUACAGCACUGCACCUGCACAGACGACUGCUCUUCUGUGUCCUGUAUGUGUGGGCAGCUCAGUUUGAGAUGUUGGUACGACAGUGAAGGGCGUCUUCCUCUGGACUUCUGCCAGCGCGAGCCACAGGUGCUGUAUGAGUGUAACCACGCCUGCUCCUGCUGGAGAACCUGUAGGAACAGAGUUGUUCAGAACGGUUUGAGAGUGCGUCUCCAAGUCUACAGAACGCAGAAGAUGGGCUGGGGUGUGAGAGCCAUGCAGGACAUCCCACAGGGGACCUUCAUUUGCGAAUACGUUGGGGAGAUCAUAACUGACACAGAGGCAGACAAAAGGGAGGAUGACUCUUUCCUCUUCACUCUGGGAAACAAGGUUGGCGAGGCCCACUGCAUAGACUCCAGGCUCUUUGGGAACAUUGGGCGCUUCCUGAACCAUCUGUGUGAGCCCAACUUGCUGGCUGUGAAGGUGUUUACCAUGCACCAGGACCUGCGCUUCCCACGCAUCGCCUUCUUCUCCAGCCGCCCUAUCAGAGCUGGAGACCAGUUAGGGUUUGAGUAUGGAGAUCACUACUGGAAGAUUAAAAGCAAGUACUUCAGCUGCCAGUGCGGGUCCCCCAAGUGUCGCCACCCCUCAGCCAGCCGAUAAUUCAACCUCAACCUGAUUAACCUGCGAAAACUAACCACUGUCCGAACAACUGUGCUUAUAGAAGUACACUAUAGGGCUCUGUUCAAAUCUGCUGUCACUAUAUUGCAUAGAUCAUGUGUAACAUAAUUACCACAAUGCAUGAAUUAGUCAAAUGGUAUUUUAAGGGCUUUAUCCAACUUCAAAUCUCUGAAAACAUCAAAUUUAUAUCAUUUGCAAGAUGAAAUGUGAAUCUACUGUGUUUUGUAUGUUUCAUUAACUAUUUACUAUGAUAAAUUAUUUUGUUUUUUUUAUGUCAUUCCUUCUCUCAAAUUAUGAGUAAUACAGAGUAAACUUGAGUUUUUCCAGUUUUGAACAGAGCCUAGAUUGCAAUACUGUUUUUUUUUUCCUAUGUCCAAAGAUAAAUACACAUAACUUUAAUAGACCGAACCAUUACUGUAGUUCUUACGCUAACAUCACUAUAAAUCACUACAACUUUUUAUAAAUAAAACUGGUCCCUAUUUUUCUUAACUUGUUUUUUAAUGAAAGUAGUGUUGUUUACUGAAUCAUGCCUUACUCAUCAGAUGUAGAGAUGUAGUUUUUUGUACUACCUAUUAGUAAACAAUUUGUAAACAAAAUUU